UUCUAAGAUAAAAUCCAUCUUUGGCUAAUCUCAUUGCUAAUUCCGUAAAAACCAAGACAUAGAAAUUUCGACGAGAAGCCAAAACCUCUUUAUAUAUCCUUUCCUUUCUCCUCCUCCUCUGCCUUAAUACUCAUCAAUGGCUUCCAUCUAUACCUGCAUAGAAUGCGGUACGAAUCUCAAUCUAAGCACCGCUUGUCUCUACCCGCCGGAUUUCUACUUCGAGGCAGGGAACAAAGGCACGCUCUCCUUCUCUUCGAUCGACUCCACCAAGUUCAGGUUCGAGAAGGAGGACAAGAUCAGACCGUUCUUUGAGACUCUUAAUUACUGGGGAAUUCAGAGAAAGAGGACCAAGAUUAUAUGCAAUAGCUGUGGUCGACUUGUGGGUUACGUUUACGAUGAUGGCCCUCCUCUCACCAACAGCCCUGGUCAGUUUCAUAUGGGACCUAGUCAGGUCAUCCCUCGGGCUCCCAGGUACCGCUUCAAGACCAAGGCUCUUAGGAUCGCAUCGGAAACUUGAGAAAGUUCAUGGGUUUUUGUUUCUGGGAUUGUUGUAUACUUGAUGAGUGUUAUGAUUGCAGAACUUCCGUCUUGUGUUUCAAUUCGUGUAUAUAUGCUAGAAAGAAAAUGGAAACAUAGAUAUUUCUCCCCUUUUAUUCAGUUUAAUUUUUUUUUAUUAUUAUUAUU